AUGGGGACACCUUGCGACAUAAGGUCAUGUUUGAAACGGAACGCACUUUUGGUGUGCACAACAUUGUGCAUUAUCGUCGGUGUCGCCGUAGGGAUAAUAAUGAAAAUCUUUAAAGCUCCAGAUAUUGCCGUAUUAUACAUAGGGUUGCCAGGUGAACUAUUCAUGCGAGCACUUAACUUUUCUGUGAUACCGUUAUUAUCAUGUAAUAUAAUUGCCAGUGGGUUUGUUCACUGUCUAACUAUGAUGGCAUUCUUGUCAGUGGCUGCCAGGUUGAAUCCAGCUUCCCAAGGAAAAAUCGCACUUCUCUCCUUCGUAUACUGUGUCUUCAUGAACAUCACCGGUUCUUUUCUUGGGCUUGUGACGACCUUACUGAUUAACCCAGGCGGUAGAUACGGGACAGUUCCACUUGAGUCUACUGCCGUACACACAGCCGAAGCUAUAUCACUAGUUGAUGUUUUCCCGGAUUUUCUCAGAAACAUGGUUCCGGAUAAUAUCUUGAAGACAUUACUUUUCUCCACAGUCACGACCUACGUGCCUACCGCAUCAAAUGCAACCGAAAAUAACGGAACUAGCACAACAAACGUGGUUUUCUAUCGUGACGUGGGCGUCAAAAGUGGACCAAACAUUUUAGGCAUACUAGCUUCCAGUUUGGUACUGGGCCUUAUUGCCGGCUCACGAGUGGAGAAGACUGGACCGUUUAUUGCACUUGCCGAGGCGGUUACCGAAGUGAUGACGGUGCUGAUUGAAAAAACAGUAAAGCUCCUUCCUAUCGCAAUGAUAAGCCUAAUCGCCUCUGCAGUGGCUAGAAUUAGCAGUUUGGAACACAGCCUCCUUGCGUUGGCUCUGUUCGUCGCCAGCUCCGCCGCCUGUAUGGCAAUCUUGGCUUUCAUCGUGUUGCCGCUGUUUUUCCUUGUAUGUGUCCGAAGGAAUAUUUUUCGAGUCUAUGCCGCCAUCUCGGCUCCGCUACUGACCGCAUUCAGCUUGACCAGCUCGUUGAUUGCUUUACCAGACCUCUUCAAGGCUUGUGAUCGUCUUGGUGUUAACCCUCAAGUUGUACGUACCAUCGCGCCGUUCCUGACGAGUUUCAAUGCCAACGGAUCCGCGGCGUUUAUCGCUGCAGCUGCCUGUUGUGCAGCGCAGUUUGUCGGUUAUUCGUUCAACGUCGGUCAGCUGAUUGCUAUUGGGUUUCUCGCUGGACUCAACGUAAUGGCCCUUCCUGCAGUGCCGAGUGCGAGCCUCAUCACCGUGUUCCUCAUCGUUCGGGUCUUUGGUAUUCCCGAAUCGGCCAUCUCUCUUCUUUUCGUGGUGGAGUUUAUUGUCGAUAGGUUGCGUACCACAGUCAAUGUGCUCAGCCACGCCACCUGUAUCCUCUUCGUGCAUUAUCGAUGCACCAAGACCAAACUGGGAAUUGAUGAGGAGUUCGGUCCUAUCGGUGUGCGAACAUUGAGUUUUACUGAUGCCGCCUCACAAGACUUGGACCCGCAGUUUCCGAUGAACGGUUUGGUCAAAAACGGUGAAAAUGUACUGACCACGGCUACUCAGGGAAUAAGCGACCCGUGAUUCAGAACCAGCUUACUCAUUUUUUCUCAUGACUCUCUCUGAGUUG